GUGAAGGAAACUUUGCGACUCGCAUUAACGACCAUGUCCUCCUUUUUCACAGUUCCCGCUUCGCAGCGGAAACGAAAGAGGACUGAAAACUCCGGAGUUACGUCGAAAAAGCGCAACACUGAAGCCACCACAAAUCAAUCGAGGAAGGCACCUCGGCGGACAGAUCGCGAAGAUUCAAUAAGUGGCAGUGGGAGCUCAGAUGAUGAAGAUGGGACAAACUUUGCAGAGGAACCGGACGAGUCGGGAUCUUCGGGCGACGAGGAAGAAACAGCGGCAGAGAAACGACUACGUCUCGCUGAGCGGUACCUCGACAAUAUCAAGAACGAAGUUACAGAAGACACGAUAGGAUUCGACGCUGCAGACAUCGACCGUGAUCUCAUAGCAGAGAGGUUGAUUGAGGAUGUCGCAGAAUCAAAGGGCAAGAUAUACAGGAGCAUCGCUGCAGAAUUGGACGUUCAAGGUGCAUCUCAUACGUUUGGAAAACUCGGACGCGAUCGUAACAUCACCGGCUGUGCUGUUCACUUACCGUACGCUUGGACAAUAAGCAAAGAUAUGGUUGUUGCAAAAUGGGAGAUUGCGGAUCCAAAGACCUACAGCCCCGACGCCACUCAAUCAUCGACAAAUUUUACCCCCCGCAAGGCACCAAAACGGGUCAUUUGGAAGAAGGGAAACAAGAACAAAGUAAAGGAGCAUGGCUUCCAAGGACAUACGGGGAGAAUCAUCUCCAUUGCAGUGUCGGACUCCGGGAAGUUUCUGGCAACAGGUGAUGAGACUGCCCGUCUUAUCAUCUGGGAUGCUGAGACUUUGACCCUCCGCAAAGUUUUUACACAACACCGCGCCGCUGUGACGUCUCUCUCAUUCCGAAGAGGUACAGAACAAUUGUUCUCUGCGUCAGCUGAUCGCACCAUCAAGAUCUGGAGUUUGUCAGAACUAGCAUACAUCGAGACACUGUUUGGACAUCAAGACACUGUGAUAGAUAUCGCGGGUGGCUUGGAAACCAAUCAGGAGACAUGUGUUAGUGUGGGCGGCCGGGACCGCACAGCAAGGUUGUGGAAAGUAGUAGAGGAAAAUCAAUUAGUCUUCAGAGGUGGCGGCGGUAGUGCUCGUCACAAGGGUAUGGAAAAACUACGCAAGGGACGUUUUGGGGCCAAAGUGGAUGACGAAGAGGAUGCUGAGAAGGCUGGAGGUGCACCUGAAGAGGACGAUGAUGCACCUAUUGCAUACACAGAGGGGUCCAUUGAUUGCGUCGCUCUCCUUGAUGGCCAGCUAUUUGUUACAGGAUCAGACAACGGAAGCUUAUCAUUAUGGUCGGUGCAGAGGAAGAAGGCUCUCUUUACGCUGCCACUCGCCCACGGUCGCGAUCCGCGGAUACCGGCCGAACAUAUGUCGGCAGAUGUCGACGCUGCAACCAACGGCCAAAAAGGUCCUCGACUGGCAAGAUAUAUCACAUCAAUCGCGACCGUCCCAUACGCCGAUCUUAUUGUCACCGGGAGCUGGGAUGGCUGGAUACGAGCAUGGCGCAUUGGAUCUGAUAAGCGUUCCAUCGAGCCUCUAGGAACAAUUGGCCGCAUCCCCAGUCAUGAGGAAAACGAUCUUGGCAACGGAAUUAGGGGAGAUGAAAUCGCAUCGGACAGCUUUGCCCGUGGCAUUAUUACAGGUCUAGCUGUGGCAGAACGAGGCGACAGGGGGAAGGACGGCCUCUGUGUCGUAGCGGCUGUUGGGAGAGAACCGAGAAUGGGACGUUGGAUGCAUAACAGUGGCGCAAAGGAUGGCAUUGCAAUAUUUGAGAUCCCCAAGAAGAUUCAACUGAAUGGAGUCUCUGAGGGAUCGGAAGAGGAAGAUGCUGAAUAAAUAGGAUAUUUGACUAUUUUGUCUGAGGAUGAUAGACAACAACAUGAUACCAAUUCACACCUAGCAUUCUGUGAAGGUCUAGCCUGCACUGUAUAUUCAUCUAAAAAAAAAUUGUAAACUGC